GGGAGGGGGGGCAGGACCAGCCAGGACCCAGGGCAUCCCAGAGAGGCCCGAGGGCUUGGGGUGGGCACCCUGUGCCCAGCACUCCAGGGCCACCAAUCAGCAUCCCACAUCCCUGAUCUGCUUCACAAUGCCCAGAAUUCCAGAAAACAGGCCUCCUGCUGAUCCAAUUAAUAAGUUUGGCCACGUCUGUUUGCAGUGGUGAGAGGGCUGGUGGGGUGGUCAAGUUAGCAAAGCCGGCAUGGGUUCCUUGGUGGCCAGUAAUGAACCUGAUAAUCAAAGAGUUGCAUUGCAGCCUCUUCUCACCUGGGCUCCAAGGGAGGUGGCAGGUGCUGGGAGGUUAAUUUGGGGGCCCUGCAGGGAGCCAUCCUUGCUGUGGGGCUGGCCCUGUGGUCAUCUGGCCUCAGGGCCAAGGUACACCUAGCCCCACCCUCCAGGGAAGCCCCACCCUCCUUUAGAGGGGAGCUGGGCAGAUGGUCAGUGUGCCAGGCUAGGUGCUGGGAAGGAGGGGCCAGGCAGGUGCCCAGGGAGCCCUGACGGAGCCAGAGCGUGCUCCCGGACCCACCGUGUGGCUCACCGCGCCACACGGGGCAGUACCUGGAGGGUGAAAGUAGCCACGGUUUGUGUGCCAGAGGGAACGGUCUGGAAGAGGGGGAGAACUUGGCGGUUCAGGAGCCGGAGGGGGGCAGGCGCGGCAGGUGGAGGGCUGCCCGCGGGGCUGCCUGUAGUAACAGGCGGCGUUGCCAGGUGUCGGGGCAGAUGCUGGUAGGUGGGUCACGUGGCGGUGGCAUCUGUGGAAGUUCCCUUUGGAUGGUUCCAAUCUCAGCGGAAGAGGAAGCGAGGUCAUCCUCCAGUGGGGAGGUGGAGAGGCAGCAAGGAGGUGUGAAGUCACUUUCCAGGCGAGUGGGGAGGGAGAAGGGAGCAGGGACGCAGCGAGGUUCCUGGAAGAGCGCUCGGCAGGCCCUGCGCAGGGUGCAGAGAGAGCUGGGGGCUCGAGGGGAGGGCUGUGCAGCCAUUGGCUUCCAAGUGCGGCUGCGCAGCCCCUGGGUGCCCUCGUGCCUCGGGGAGUCCCGAGUCCUGCAGGGCCGGCUGGCCAGGUCCUCGCCCUCGCUCUGGGACAGCACGACGCAGGAGCAGAAGGUCGACCUGCGCAAGCGGCUGACCUACACCACGCACAAGCUGGAGAAGCUCGAGAAUGACUUCGACUCCACCCGCCACUACCUGGAGGUCGAGCUGCGGCGCGCGCAGGAGGAGCUGGAGAAGGUCACCGAGAAGCUGCUCGGGAUCCAGGGCAGCUACACGUCGCUGCAGAGAGUCAACCAGGAGCUGGAGGAAAAGGUGUACCUCAUGAGGAAGCGUCAUGAGGAAGAGAAGCGUGCACUGAACCAUGAGAUUAUGACCCUCAAGGACCACCUUCUGGAGGCGAAGAUUACCAUCCAGAAGCUGUCGGAGGAAAACGAGCGCUAUAGGAAGGACUGCAACCUGGCGGCCCAGCUGCUGCAGUGCAGCCAGAACUACGGCAAGGUCUUUAAGGUGUCCGAGCUGCCCUUGGACUUCCAGGAGCGUGUGAACCGGCACCUGGAGCAGCACAGCUGCGGCCUGCCCUCCCAGCUCUGCUACGCCGACACCGUGCCCGCCUGCAUCGUGGCCAAGGUGCUGGAGAAGCCCGACCCCUGCGGCCUGUCGGACGCCCCCGCCGGCGGCCUGCCCUGCCCUGCCGAGGCCGGGAAGCCUGCUCCGCGGCCCCUGUACAAGGAGGACCUGUACUGCAGCGACGCGGCCCUCUACUGCCCCGAGGAGCGCCGGGAGGACAGGCGGCCCAGCGUGGACGCGUCUGUGUCCGAGGCCGGCUACCUCCCCGCCCAGAAUUCCACCGACAGCGCAGCCGACGAGGAGGAGCCCGAGCGCGAGGCGGCGGCCUACCCCGAGAGCUACCGCCACGAGGCCUUCGCCUCCGGCUACGCAGCCUCCUGCGGCUACGCCGCCUCGCUGCCCACUUCCAGCUCCUACUCCAGCUUCAGCGCCGCGUCCGAGGAGAAGGAGCACGCCCAGACCAGCAUGCUCACGGCGUCCCAGCAGGCCGUCUACCUGAACAACCGCGACGAGCUCUUCCGCCGAAAGCCGCCCACCAUCGUCUACGAGUGCAGCACCCGCUUUGGCCAGCCCCCCGCGCCCGUGGUGCCCCCCGCGCCCCCCGCGCACCCCGUGCCCCCCAUGGUCCCCAUGCCCCCCUUGCAGGCCGGGAUGCCGGCUCACUUUGGGAGGACCUAUGCCCCCUACGCAGGCGACACCUUCCGCUUCCCGGCCCCCGUGGACAACCACCCCCCGCUGGCGCCUCCGAAUCUGUGGAGCCUGCGCGCCAAGGCCGUGACCACCCGCUUCCCUGGAGACGACCUGCGCGGCCAGUGGCGUGCCCCCAGCGUGGAGGACAUUGGCGCCUACUCCUACCCUGCCAGGAACGCCAGCCGCAUGGUGCCCGGCAGCUUCGAGCACUACUACGGUGGGGGUGGGGUCAGCCCAGGUAAGGUCGAGAGCAGUGCCAGCCCCCUGUAUGCCAGCUACAAGGCUGACAGCUUCUCUGAGGGUGACGACCUCUCCCAGGGCCACCUGGCAGAUCCCUGCUUCCUGCGCGCCUGCGGCGAGCUGAGCCUCAGCCCCAGCCGCUCUGACGACCCCCUGCCCAGCUAUGCGCCCAGCGAGGGGGACGGCGACAGGCUCGGGGUGCAGCUGUGUGGGGAGGGCAGCAGCCCUGAGCCCGACCAUGGCUCCAGGGACUCCCUGGAGCGCAGCUCCGCUGACGCCUCCCCAGAGAUGCACCCUGCCGCCUGCCUCAGCCCCCAGCAGGCCUUCCCCCGCAACGGGGGCCCGGGGCUGAGCCGCAAGGACAGCCUGACCAAAGCCCAGCUCUAUGGAACCCUGCUCAACUGAGCACCUGCGUGCGGGCCGUGGCCCUGCACUCCACUCCCGUGACGCCCAGGAGGGGCGACCUCACUUCUGCCCAGACUCCCGUGUCCCUGGCACCCUGUCCACAGAGAGGACUCGGGCCCCCAGGGCCUCCUCGCCCCCGUCCAGUAGCACCUCCGAGGAGGCCCUCUCCCCACAGUGUCUCGUGCACCCAGCCCCACUCAGUGCAGCUUCUCGUAGAACAUUUCACACACGCCAUCGUGCUUCACCCGAGACGCGCGUCCCUGUGUAAAGCGGAGCCGUCUCCCUACGUAGAGGGAAAGGGUCUUCCCCACGGCACUAAGCCUCCAGCGGCCGGCCGGCCGCCUGGGCGUCCUCGACGUGAAACUCCUGUGUUUGUCAGGUGAGGGUGCGUGGGGCCCGCCCCUGGCAAGGGAUGGGAACGUGGAGCCCGAGCUCCACAAGCUGGGAGCCACCCCAGCAAGCCAGCGACAAGGAACCCCCGAAGAUCAGUCUGCAAAGGGGAACUGAAACGAAGUAGAGGACACAAAGUGCUUUAAAAAUGUGUUUUUCACAGUGUGGCCAACACACCGUCAUUGUGAGCUCUUCCGUGGUCUGCGGUCCCCAGUGGGGCUGGUAUGUUGUCCCAGUAUGACUGGUGCUCCUCCCCCACCCCCCCGAGUCCGUCCCGACACCGUCUUUCUCUGCCUCGGAUGAGAUGAGGCCCCUGCCCCGGCUGUGUUGCCUGCGUGCCCGUCGUCUGUGAUGCAUGCCUUGUCUCAGCAGUGCUGUACUCUGCACCGCCAAUAAAAGACCAGUGGAAAGAG